GUUAGCCAUGAAUAACGCUGUUAGAGGUGGUGUGGCGCUGACUGAGAUUGAAAAGGCCCAGUUGACAUUGCUGAUUAACGCCGUGAAGGCGAAGUUUGGCAUAGCAUUUACCGGUCUCACUGGAGGGGUGGCUGAUACAGCGAACUCGAGCAGGCCGGCGCACGGUGCUGCCAGCCCAUCUCAAAACAAGGUGAAGAUAAAACUGUCACAGGUGAUAGAUCAAGGUUCUGACGCUGAAGUAGAGCAGCUUCCUCACGGCACUUUGCAGCAACUGCGUCAGAAGUAUGUUCUUGUAGAAGGUGAUGUACCACUGGAAUCCGAAGAAGUGACAGACUCACAGCUUACUUGUUUAGACUGGAAGCUUUCAAUGGACCUCCCACCGUUUGUUGACAUGGGCGUCUGGGGCCCCUACGGUGACAGACUCGCACGACAGAUGAAAUUUGUCAACCAAACCUGGAGAGACGGAGCAUGGAAGAUAGUAGAAGUUCCAGGAGCUUCUAGUUAUGAUGCUUGGUUGGAAGCUUGGAGGAUCUUUCGCACCGCGGCCAUCAUGUUGGAGAUGGAGAGACGACGACAAGAAGCCUUUAGGGCCUCGCAUCCCCAAAUGUCAGCUUACAAUCCCAAACAGCCAUGGAACUCAGUCAUCAAAGCCUCCGCCUGCAGCUCUGAGUUUUGGGAUAGAGAAUUCACCAAGCCAGCCAUGCUCUACCAGAUGAACGGUCCACGCAGCAUGCCAGCCUUCCCGUCUCCACCCACUGGACCGGGCUUUGGACCAGGGGCAGGCUCAACAUCAGCCAGAGAUGGUGGGCAAACAUCGAGGAAAAGGCCGUUCGACCCUCAGAGAAAGGAUGGCCGCUACUUCAAGUCCCGCAGCGGGGUGAACAUUUGCUUCGAUUGGGCUUGGAAUCCAGAUGGUUGUGACAAUGAGAAAUGCAAGCGUGAAAUGGCGCACUGCUGCGAGUUUUGCCGUGGGCCGCACAGGACGAUCGAUUGUCCUCAGGUGAGCCUGUCUUCAGAGAAGUUGGAACAUCUGAGAAAGAAGCUGGCUGCCAAACAGGCAGAAUUCGUUUUGAGCAAGUCACCUCAAGCACCCAAUGGCUGUCCUGAACAAUUGCUGGCCAGCAGGAAAUGCACUGGAGCUGACGAUGCCUUCAUGGAACUCCGUGCAGGCAAAGCUGAAUUGAUGUUAGCAGUGAAGCGAGCCGUUGGUGGAAGCGUGGAGGCAAUUUUAGAUUUGACACAAGCCACUGCUUUCAAGGAUCUCAAGAAGAAGAUCAAAUCACGAAAGGUGCGGUGGAUCCAUCUUGCGCCCCCAUACCGCACUUUCACUAAGGUGCGCCGCAAAGACAGGUACACAAAAUGCAGAAAACUGAGAAGCCGCAAACAACCUGGAGGGCUAGAGCCCAAAACGCGUUCAGUACGCGAAGCAAACUUGGUGGCGUCACGGGCAGCGCAGCUUGCACUGCUUCAAUGGAAGGCAGGCGGCGCGUUUUCUUUGGAAAGCCCGGCGGGAUCAUUGCUUUGGGAAUACAAGCCGGUGAAGCAGCUGGCAUCCUUGAAGCACGUUUUAUUGCUGUUUGGCGACCAAUGCUGUUUCAAUGGAGAACGUGCUCCUGCCGCUUCUGAAUAUCCUCAAGGGCUUUGCGAACACCUAGCGGCUUGUUACAAGAAAUUUUUGGGGGACCACCUGCAGAGGGGUGAGCCAUGGCAACUGCAGUGGACACUGGACGGGGACACCAAUGCUUUGUUUUCGAAAAGGGUGAGGAUCGAACAACAGAACGAUGAAGCUAUAGGUGGCCUCAGAAACCCUGCGAAAGCGCUGAAGAGAUUGCCACAGUGGCCGCCGGUGGGGCGAGAAGUACGCUCCACUAUUGAGGCAACACUCCAGAGAUGCUCUGAUCUGUUUGAUUUGCGGCAGUAUGUUGGCAGCGAUGAGACACCGGACCUGGAAGCUGGGUUAACAUUGCUACAAGCUGCUCUACACCGCAAGUUUGGGUUCGGCUCUAAGGCGCCCGGCCUUUGGGGAGGAGCGUUGGAAAGAUUGGUGACGCUGACGUCAGACCCUGACACGGAAACCGCGACCUGGCCUAGGUUGGGCACACCACUUGGAAUUGUCGAACCAAUACGUCCAUCCAAUAUUUUCCCACUGUUGGCCGAUGAUGAUGUAGAGCAUGCCGCUCCCUAUGAAGACCUUGCCUUGGAAGGCGCCUGGGCAAAUUACAAGUCCUAUGAUGAAAAUAGGGAGGAGGCAGAAGCUUUGUUUGACAUUGAACUAGAAAAGGGCUUUGUGGAGUGGUCGCCAAAUCUGGCGAGCUUGGAAGCCAAAUACGGCCGUUUGAUCCCAUCGGCCAUUGGGGUCGUCGUGAAGCAGAAGCCUGGAGCAAAGAAGAAAGUCCGCCUAGUGCAUGAUCUCCGCCGCAGCUUGGUGAACGAGCAAAUCGCUUGCCCUGAGCGUUUGAUUUUACCACGACUGCGAGAUGUUGUUUCAGACAUCCUUGAUUUGCUGGAGUGCAAGGAACAGCAUGAACAUGUACUGUUGGUCACACUGGACUUUUCAGAUGCUUUCAAACAUUUACAAGUCAGGGAUUCAGAAAAGCGAUUUUUGGCGGGUCAGGCAAAGGGUGGCUUCUUUGUUUACAACACUGUUUUAUUUGGAGUGAAAACUGGUCCCCUUGUAUGGGGAAGAAUGGCAGCCUUGCUAUCAAGGUCAACCCAGGCGCUCUUUUCUGACCGCUGCUACCGGCUACAAACUUUUGUUGACGACCCUAUCAUCGUGGUGAAAGGAACUGAAGAAGAAAUACACAAUAUGAUCAACACCACAUUAGCUUGGUGGUCAGUGGUAGGGCUGAGAAUUGCUUGGAGCAAGGGGGGCAUCGGACACAGUGCGGAGUGGAUUGGUGCCAACAUCACCAUCAACAAUGAAGGCGAUAAGGUGGUGGUGCAAGUCCCUGCAGACAAAAUCAACGACUGGAAAGUCUUGGUUGAUUCCCUUUUCACGAAGCCCCUGGUCUCACGGAAAAAAUUGCAACAGCUCGCUGGCAAACUAAACUGGGCAGCUGGUUUUGUCCUGCAAUUGAAGCCCUUUGUGAGAAUGCUGCACGCUGCCCUGGCAAAGGCGGACUCUUCAGCGGCACAAACAAAUUUUGUUUAUUUCCGACAAGUUGAACCUGCUCUGACGUGGAUCAGCAAAUUUUUCGCUGGAUUUAUGCAUGGACUUACUUGGGAAGUCAGGGCGCAUUGGCGACACACAUGCUCCCUCGACGUUCUGGUGGAUGCCUCCCCUUGGGGAGGAGGAGCAAUCAAAAUAGACACAGAUGGCACGCCAAUUUCCACAAUUUCCUUGAAAUGGACAAGGCGAGAUGAAGAGCUCACUGGAGCAAAAAUAGGAGAUGCAGGUUCGCAAGCCCUGUGGGAGGGUUACAUGCAGGAUCGCGACGAUCCCAACCACAACAAGUGCGCCAGGUAUGCUGGGAAUUUUAUGGCUGAACAACCUGCUGACCAAGAAGGACAGCAGACACCGUCAGAUAGUGAGGGCUCCAAAAUGGAGGAUGGGGAGGCAAGAGUUUUCUCAGCUUCAGCCCUGGCCAGACAGUUUGCAGAGCAAGCACAGUCGCUCCAAGUGCCACCUGCGGCAGCCAUGAUGGAGCGGCCUCCGGUCCCGGCUAAGCUGCGGCCCACAGAACCAACUGUACACCCUUACAGUAGGGGAUCGCAAACCAAAGUUGGCCGGUUGGAACAGGAUGCUGAAGCAGUCAGAACAGCUUUACAAGAAUUUGACGAGGGCAAGUUUGCCAACUCCAAUGCGCCCGCGCACAAAUCCAGAUCUCAAUGGUGGCUUCAACGGGCGCAAAAUGCUGGCAUGGAUGCUUACCCAUUGACAAAAUCAUCUAUUGACUAUGCUGGGGCAUUGCUGAAGGCUGCGGGCUACCGCAGCAGCGCCCAGUAUUUUGCAGCCAUGAAGCGUGAGCACGUACAGGCUGGCCACCCCUGGAACGACCAGCUUCAGCUGGCCACACGGGACGCGGUCAGAUCCUGUGAAAGAGGAAAGGGCCCAGAUAAGGUGUGCCCCAGUUUUGACUUGAGAAAGUUUGAGGACGUCCCGGAGAUUGAGCCAGUUCCAGGUGGCCCCUUGCGACCGGUGGACACGGUCAUCCUUUUCUCCUUGUUUGCAUGCCGAGAAAUAGAAGCAGCUCUUCGUUUGCGAUCACAGGUGGUCCUGGAAGAGGGGCCCGGCUGUGGGACGGUAGCUUUACAACUGCCGGCCAGCAAAACUGAUCCUAGAGGGGCCGGGGUCACAAGGCGUCAAGGUUGUCUCUGCUCUACUUCACGCAAACUUUGCCCGACUGCAGCAGCCAGAAGGAUUUUAGACGCUGGGGCUGCGCAAGGAGCAGACAAGCCAGAAGAUCCGUUCUUGAUCACUGACACAUCCAAGGCCCCAACAAAAGCGGCCAUGGUAGCCACCUUUCGCAAGGUGGCUUUGCAUCUUGGAUGGACAGAAGAAGAGGCAAGCGCCCUCACCGGCCAUGCGUUGAGGCCGACGGGUGCACAACACAUGGCACGUCAUGGCAUUGAGCUUUUUCGAAUCCAAUUGUUUUGCAGAUGGGAAAGUUCUACGGUAUUGAAAUACUUGCGAGACAUUCCUUUAGAGAGUUCUGAAACCUGGCUCAGCGAAGACACUGCUAACGAAUCCCUUUCAUUGGAGGAGAUCAUUUUCUAUGUUUAUGAAAAGUUGAACAAAAGGUCGCUUGAAGUGGCCCACCAAGAAAUAGAGGCCCUGGUGAUUGAAACUUUAGAAGCACGCAUGUCGAUUGCAUUGAAUGAGCUGCAUGAGACCAAGGAAGAGGCAAAGGCGAUUCUAGAAGAUUUCCGACAAAAGGAAUUUCAAGUGAAAGAGCAAUGGGCGGCAGAGUUGACACGGAGUUUCCUCCCUAGAUUUGUAUGGAACAGAGGUUCCAACAAAGUUCAUUUUGUCAAGAACGCGUUUUCUGCUGCGUGUGGCUUUGAGUUUAGAAAUUCGAAAGAUUUCUUGUUGACGAACAUUUGUAGUGAAACGUAUGCCAAGUGUGAAACACCGGCUUGCCAGAAGCACCUGCAAUUAUCCUGUCAGCUGCCUUGUUCGAUGUGUGAAUUGGUGGUGGUGAGCCUGGCUUGGCAUUGUGCAGCCAGUGCAUCACACAUCUCACUGGUGCCAGGUACUGGGCUGGCACAUGGAAGCACCCAGGCACCCUGGAUCAGUGGCCACGCACGAGAAGGCGGGCAUUCAGCCAUCAAAACAGGGCAGGUACUGGGCUGGCACAUGGAAGCACCCAGGCACCCUGGAUCAGUGGCCACGCACGAGAAGGCGGGCAUUCAGCCAUCAAAACAGGGCAGGUGA